GUUGUAUACUUAAUUAUUUUGACAUUAUAUUUCUUUAUUUUGAAGUUUUUAUUCCCUUACUUUAACCUUAUAUUCCUUACUUUGACGUUAUACUUCCCUAUUUUGUUGUUAUAUACCUCACUUUGUUGUUAUAUUCCUUACUUUGACGUUAUACUUUCUUAUGUUGACGUUACAUUCCUUUCUUUGACGUUAUACUUUUUUAUGUUGACUUUAUUUUUUAUAUUAAUUUUGUUGAUCGUAAAAUUACAUUUACUGUUAAUUUAUUAUGAGGUAAAAUUGCACUUGCUGUUAAUUUAUUAUGAGGUAAAAUUGCAUUUACUGUUAAUUUAUUAUGAGGUAAAAUUGCAUUUACUGUUAAUUUAUUAUGAGGUAAAAUUGCAUUUGCUGUUAAUUUAUUAUGAGGUUAAAUUGCAUUUGCUGUUAAUAUAUCAUGGGGUAAAAUUUCAUUUACUGUUAAUUUAUUAUGAGGUUAAAUUUCAUUUACUGUUAAUUUAUUAUGAGGUAAAAUUGCAUUUGCUGUCAAUUUAUUAUGAGGUAAAAUUUCAUUUGCUGUUAAUUCAUUAUGAGGUAAAAUUUCAUUUGCUGUUAAUUUAUUAUGAGGUAAAAUUGCAUUUACUUUUCAUUUAUAGUGAGGUAAAAUUUCAUUUGCUGUUAAUUUAUGAUAAGGUAACAAUUUUGAUUGAUUUACACUUUUCUUAUUUAAAUUUCUAA